AUGGGUAAGAAGCUGGGGCGCGUCCUGGCCUGCGCGGCCGCGACGUCUGUCUUCGGCGCCUUCCUGAGCCUCCUCGUAUACAGCGCGGCGUGGUCUCCCUCCCUGCGAGCGCAGCUCUCGCUCGUCGAUUCUUUCGAGACGGAGGUACUGCAGAACAUUCAGCGCGAACUCAGGCGCACCUUCGACGACUCUAGAGUGGCCGUUGCGGGCUGCGCUCUGGCGUUGGCGGCGACUCUGGAGGUCGCUCCGGAAAAGUUGGAGGGCGUUCGUCCGGUCCUGUGGGGCACUCUCAGGGGUAAUGAUCGCUUCAGCAGCGCCGGAUUCCAGGCCGAAUCCAACGCGUCGGUCAGCUUCGUGCGGACCGGGGGGAACUACAGCGAGUACCGCAGGAUGACGCCGGGCUCGCCCACCCUGACGGCUUUUCUGGUGAGGGACGACCGGGCAGCGGCCGUCGCCGACCCCGCGUCCGACGUAACGGUGCCCCCUCUGAAGAAUCGGGCUUGGUACGUCGAGGCGGUCGCGCAGCGUGGCACCGUCAUCAUCUCUCACUACUUCAGCGUGCUGGGCGCCCCCGUCGUCACGAUCAGCACCACCGUGACCGACUCCUCUUCGGUGCUGCUGGGAGCAGUCAACGUGGGACUCUCCGUCUCGAGCAUCGCGCGGAAGUCCGCUGCCACCGGGGACUACGCCGUGUACGUCGUGAGCGGCGCGAACGCGACUCUCAUCUCCUCCAGCCGCUCUCAGAACGCGACGGGCGAGUGGACCUCCGCGAGAGACAGCCCAGACCCGCUCGUGUCGGGGAGCGCGAGGCGCCUCCAAAAGGAGCUCGACGGCGGAUCGGACCACCGAGGGCUCAUAACCGUGGACGGGCGGCGCUACGUAGCGGGAGUGCAGAGACUGGAUGCCGACUUCGACGUCACUGCGGUGGUCUUGCUGCCUUGGGACCGCUUCUUCUCCCGGUUGGAGCGGAGCAAGCGCCUCACCACGGGUACGUCCAUCGCUUCGAUUGCGCUGUGCGUCGUAGUAGCGGUCAUCAUCGGCGCUUGCUUCUUCAGGAUAUGGAGCCGCGAGCGAUCGCGCCUGGCCGAGGCCCAGCACGACGCGAGCAUGCACCGAAAGAAGCAGCAGCUGCUGGCGAGCCUCAGUCACGAACUGAGGACUCCCAUGGCCGUAGUCAUGGGUCUUUUGGAGGAGAUGCAAGCAGAUUCGGGCGGCGAAGCUUUCGAAGAGAACCUCGCGCUAUUGCGGAAGACGGCGGAAGACAUGCUGCACCUGUUGGACGGCAUACUGAUGCUGGCCAAGAACGAGGCAGGAAAGUCGAACGUGGAGGCGCAAGAUUUCAAGCUGCGCGCGGAGUUGGAACGGGCGCUCGCCGGGAUCGGUCCUCUCGUGAGCCAAAAAGAGGUGCGGACGUGGCUUCGCUACGGAGACGGAUUGACGGAAGACGUGAUCGGCGACAGA